UCUCAUGUAACACAUGCGAUGUUUACACCAUUUACACUUUUAUGGGAAAUUCCUUAUAUGUAGAAAUUUUUUACAUAAGUUAACAAAUCAUUUUACUGGAUGAAAAAUGCCGUUCUACAGGAAACCGAAGACUUUUACGCCUUUGCUUAUAGCAGCCGAAAAGAAAGCUGUUAAAAAUGGUCUACAUCAUGCUAUAUUUACGUCUAGAUUCGAUAGGUACGUUGGCGACUGGAAACAGGAUUUAAAGGAAGGGAAAGGACUAUUUAAAACAGUAACUGGAAAAUUGUACGAAGGAGAUUGGCAUUUAGGAUUCAGGCAUGGAUUCGGUGCGUUAAGUAAAUUGCAAGAAAAUGGCACAUACAGUUUGGAAUACCGAGGGGAGUGGGUGCGGGGGAAGCCAGAGGGGAUGGGGUGGUGGUACUACGACAACGGAGAUGUGUACUUCGGCUAUUUUCGUAAAGGCCAGAGGCAUGGCUACGGCAAGAUGUGGUAUAAGGACGGAACUUUCUACGUUGGGUAUUGGAAUAUGAGUUUGAGGGAAGGCUUGGGUAUGUUUGUUCAAGUGAACGGUAACCGCUACGAGGGGCACUGGGAGAACAACGUGAAGAGUGGUAUCGGGCGAUUCUACCACAUGCACACAGGGCAGCUGCAAGAGGGCUGCUGGGUCGACGACAUCUGUGUCAAAUCUAAGAUGUCCGACAUCAUUAUCAGACAGUUCUGCGAUUUACCGACGGAAUAUCCUAUUCCACCGGAACGAUUACAAGAUGCCAAGAAAAUAUUGGAAAUGAGCGAGCUUUGGCUGCAGCAGAAGAUCGGAGAAAUAGACAAACAACUCAAAUAUUGUAUUGAUCAAAUGUAUUAGAAUAAAACAGAUCAUAAAAUCUACCGCUAUAAAUAA